AUGGCUGCAAGGCCGCGCAUUCCCAGCUCAGACAGCUUCGAAUGGCAGCAGGUGUGGAAAGCUCCUGUCUCUCUUAAGGUUGUUACAACAGCUUGGAAAGUUCUUAAGCAAAGGAUGGCGACUUGUGACAAUCUUCAAAGAAGACAAGUCCUGAUUUCUAGCUCAGAGGCGAGGUGUACCUUGUGUAAGUUGAAUGAGGAGUCGAUUGAACACCUUUUCUUUGAUUGUCAAAAAGCGGUGGAAAUUUGGAACGAGAUUUUGAUUUGGAUUGGAAAAUUGGCAGUUAAUCAUCAUACGGCAAAAGAUCAUUUCUUAGCUUUUACAAAUCUUGGUAGGAAGGAGGAUAUCUCAUUUCUUACUUGUGUUUGGAUUUGUACUAUUUGGUGUCUGUGGAAACUAAGAAAUGGUUGCAAGUUCAAUCAAGAGUUAUGGAGCAAAGAUAAGAUGAUUGCAGAAAUUAAGUCUAGACUGUGGAGUUGGAGGAUGGCUUUCGAUUUCAAGACGCCGGCAACAGUUUUCAGGCGCUGGUGUGCUGCGGCCAACCUGUCUGGAUAG